AUGGUUCAAGCGUCUUUUCCGUUGACUGGACCUCCACGAGGGACCGUCCGAGUGCUCUGCACACCCUGGAACCCCUCCCGGCGGGAGCGUGUGGACGCGCGCGCGGCUCUGAACGACGCUCCUGUGGACAUAAUGACCCUUCUGCUUCUCCUGCUGUUCCUCUGCGAGGCCCACAGCCAGGCGGCGUCAAAGCCCAACUUCGUCCUGCUGAUGGCUGACGACCUGGGCAUCGGGGACCCUGGUUGCUAUGGCAACAAGACUCUCAGGACUCCCAAUAUCGACCGCCUGGCCAGAGGGGGCGUGAAGCUCACACAGCACCUGGCAGCAUCGCCGCUGUGCACGCCCAGCAGGGCGGCCUUCAUGACCGGCCGGUACCCCGUCCGCUCAGGAAUGGCAUCUCAGUCCCAGGUGGGAGUUUUCCUCUUCUCGGCCUCUUCUGGAGGACUGCCCCCCAGUGAGAUUACGUUCGCCAAGCUUCUGAAGGAUCAAAGUUAUUCCACAGCUCUGAUAGGCAAGUGGCACCUGGGCAUCAGCUGCCACGACCGUGGCGACUUCUGUCACCACCCGACCAGCCACGGCUUCGACUACUUCCACGGGCUGCCCUUGACCAACCUGCGUGACUGCAAGCCGAGGGGAGGCACCGUGUUCGCCCCGGGCAUCCGGCUGCUGGUCUUCGUGCCUCUGAGGCUCAUCACCGUGGCCCUGCUGACCCUGGCCGCGCUCAAGUGGCUGGGGCUCAUCCGGACGCCCCGCUGGGUCUUCAUCGGCCUCCUCCUCCUGGCCACCCUGCUCAUCGGCCUCCUGCUGGGCUUCCUGAACUACUUCCGGCCGCUCAACUGCUUCCUGAUGCGGAACCGUGAGGUCACGCAACAGCCCCUGUCCUACGACAACCUCACGCAGAGGCUCACGGUGGACGCCACACGCUUCUUACGGCAGAUCUUGGAUGUCCUCGACAAGUUGAAACUGACUGAUAACACCCUGGUCUACUUCUCCUCGGACCAAGGAGCUCAUAUAGAAGAGGUGACCAUCAAAGAUGAAGUCCACGGAGGCAGUAACGGAAUCUACAAAGGGGGAAAAGCGAACAACUGGGAAGGAGGCAUCCGGGUCCCCGGCAUCAUGCGGUGGCCGGGCGUGAUCCCGGCCGGCCUGGAGAUUGACCAGCCCACCAGCAACAUGGACAUCUUCCCCACGGUGGCCAAACUCGCGGGGUCUCCUCUGCCACAAGACAGGAUCAUCGACGGCCGGGACCUGAUGCCCUUGCUGCGGGGGGAGACCCAGCGAUCAGAGCAUGAGUUUCUCUUCCACUACUGCAACUCCUAUCUGAACGCUGUGCGCUGGAACCAGCCCAACAGCACGUCCAUCUGGAAAGCCUUUUUCUUCACCCCCAAGUUCUUCCCCGAGGGUUCCAACGGAUGCUUUCACACCCGCGUGUGUUUAUGUGACGGGCAGUAUGUCGCCUACCACGACCCACCCCUGCUGUUUGAGAUUUCCAGAGACCCCCGGGAGAGACACCCGUUAACCCCGGCGUCGGAGCCGCGGUUCCAGGAGAUCCUGGCGACCAUGCAGGAGGCGGCGGCCCGCCACGUCCAGACCCUGCAGGACGUCCCCAACCAGCUGUCCCUGGGGAACCUGAUCUGGAAGCCGUGGCUGCAGCUGUGCUGUGCGUCAUCAGGGCUGUCCUGCAAGUGUGACCGGGAGAAGCAGGACGGGAGACGAUCUUAGCCGUUAUCGUGGCGUCUGGGGGUGCAUGGGGUGGGGAGGGGGCGCCCCGCCAGCAGCAUCAGGGACGAGCGCCCAGGAUCGACACUGGGGGAAUGAAGCCCUGGCUGCCUCCCUCCUUCCCACACACCUGGACGCUCCAUCAAGACCCCCCUCCACACACACACACACACACAUACCUGUCCCCCCGGGGGGGGAAUCAACGUUUGCAAUAAACAGAGACAAGCAUGUUAGUUACGUCUUCCGAGGCCAACUGUUCACGUGGAUGGACAAAUGGGCAGUGAGUGUCCAACAUCUGUGCGGCUGGAGGGCAGGAAGGGGCACAGAUGAGCUGCUGGCCUCUCAGACAGCGUCAUCCAUGGCUGGAGGCGUUGCUUACUCCACAGCUGACUUGAUGCCCUGGUCACCAGGAUUUCCGCUAGAGAGCCUCGCAUGAGAGCGAACCAAAUGUUAAGUGUUUACUGAACUCUAGCACCGGCCACUUUUUUACCCUGAGUAAAAGAGCGUCUUGCCCAAUCACAGAUGAUGGUUAAGUUGCCGUCUUCUGGUGACUGAAAGGCGAUUACCGUCAGUGUUAUUUGCAAAUACGUAUGAAGUACUCUUCAUGCGAUCCAUGUUUGUGCAUGGAUAUGUGUCUUUCUUCGAGAAGUCUGCAGUAUUUAGACGCUCAUCACUGUUGAAGGAGAGGCAACCAGAGCCUCACAGAUGUGGUUAGAGUGACUGCAUUUUGGUGAGCUCUCUCAGGGAAUGUCGAGGCUGAGACACACCUCUCUGGCCCGUAUGUCUCCAGCCCGUCAUUUGUAGCACGCCGUUUGGCUUCUGCUGUCCCUUGGGUGAAUGGCGUUUCUGAACUAAGAGUCCUACUUCAGUGAUUCUGCAGUCCAAGAAAUCCCCUCUAACAGAAUUCAGAAUUAUUGGUGUGUGAAAUGUAUGCUGUUUCACAUGGGUGGGGGGUUUGGGGUGGCGGAGACACAAGCUAUGAGACAUAAGCAGUCCAUGACCCAUGCCCACAAAGACACAAGCUAUCAGAUAUAAGCAAUCCACGACCCAUACCUGUGAAGACAUGAGCAAUCAGACAUAAGCACUCCACGACCCAUACCCACGAAGGCACUAGCAAUCAGACAUAAGCAGUCCAUAACCCAUACCCACGAAGACACGAGCCAUCAGAUUUAAGCAGUCCAUGACCCAUACCCAUGAAGACACUAGCAAUCAGACAUAAGCAAUCAAUGACCCCUACCCAUGGAGACACAAGCAAUCAGACAUGAGCAGUCCACGACCCAUACCCACGAAGGCACUAGCAA